AUGGAGAAGGGAAAGGGCCUAGCUCGCCGCUGGGCGGUGGAGCUCCCCGACGCCUCCUCCUCCUCCCCCACCGUCCCCGACCCGCCCGGCUUCACCAGAUCCGCGCCCGACGCGGCAACCCCUACUCCUCCCCGUUCGUCCUUUUCGCUGGUUUGGCUCUGUAUCCCGCAAUUCACGUGCUUGCUCUGGCUCGCAGGACGACGCCGCGGGUGCGCGCCAGCGCAAGGACUCCGAGACUGCAUGGAAGGCGCAGAAAGCUUGGGAAGUCGCGCGGGCACCAACGGAAGACUGAAGAGAACACGAUGA